AUGUUAAACCUUGGCUUGCUUGAUAACGAAUAAAUGAGCGAAGAAAAAGUGAAGUUUCGUAUGUACAAUUCAAGUUUAAUUUUAUCAAACCUUUCUUUUAAGGAUGCAAAUCAUUUGAUAGAAGUAGCAAUAGAUAGUGCUCUAAUCUGUAAUACUUAAAGCUAUAAAUGGGUGAAUAUUACUAAUUGCAAAUUUGAGCUUAAAGAGAUAUUAUUAUAAACUUCUUUUGGCUUUAAUCUGCAUUUUCGUGACAAUUACAUCGAUUAAUCAUAAUUAGAAUCUACUUAUUAUGGAAGUGGUGGCAAUUAAGAUUGCUCAAUAUUGGAAGAAACUUACGAGUAAACUUUAUUCUAGAUUUUUGAAAACAAUACAUUUUAUGGAUUCAAUAAUGACAAGUACUAAAAUAUAUACUUCGAGCAAUUCUUUGGCGAUACCCAAUUUUUGAAUAACAAGUUUUAUGGCAAUUAAUAAAGUCCUUUUACAAGUCCAAUCUACUUUCAAUUUUAGGAUACUUGUCAAAAAGAUCAUGCUGAAAGAAGAAUUUUAUUUAAAGGCAAUAUCAUAGAUUAUGGCUAAAUUCCAUAUUAUGAAAACAACUUGCUAUAGAUAGAGUACUAGAAAUCAGCCUAUUCUCAUCUUACAGUAGAAAUAAUUGAUAAUAUCAUUCAAAACACAAUAUAUGGUGUGUAGGAUUGA